GCGAAGAGCCCAGGACGGAGGUGAACGGAGACGAGGCCGACAGCGUCGAUCCAGAGGAGGGCCCCGGUCUCCUUGGGGACUACCGCAGCAGCCGAAGUGGAGAGCUGGCUGGUGAGCUGGCGCUGAGUCUGGCGAUGUCGAGCCUCCAACAAGCCA